AUGGUUAAUUUGGCUGGCAGGCAUUUCUUCCUCGAGAAAGCAAAGGGUACAACUGAUUCUGCAGGAGGGAUCGAGGGAGGGAGGCGGGGAAGGACCAGGCGCAGUAGAGCACGGGUGGGCAGAUUUCAAAAUUUUGCAUUUGCUGCACUCACUCCUGGAGACGAACUUUCCUUGGGAACCAGAUUGUCUUUGUGUACGAGCUCCACGAUGGUCAAAAAUGUGAUCAUGCCAUGA